GGCCUCACUGCUUGAUCCUCAACGAGGUCAGCCUCAAUCCAGCCUCAAUCCGUCCUCAAUGCCAUCCUGAGCCUGGGAGAGCCUCGAUCUCGUUAUCUCGGUGGGUGGCUGUCUCCAAAAGAAACCUCGAAAGCGCCAGAACAGACCUGGAUCCUCCCCCUUGAGACUUGGCCUUCCUUCUUCAUUCUCUCCCACUUCUUCCCAAGUUUCUGGGCGGGUUCGACCCCUCGUUCACUCCAUUUCUCCGCCCGUGGCCUACCUCAUAACCGUGAUGCCCGCACGACGAGUUAAACGCCAGUCCGGACCGGCUUUGGGCCUGAACGGCUUAGAGCGCGAUCGGUCAGGCUCGUCCUCGUCGUCCUCACCGGCCCGCGGGUCCCAUGACGCCGGCCCGCCCGGCCCGCCAAGCCGUUGCCCGCACGUGGGCCACGCUGUGCAUCUGCCCGCCCUCAAGAAGAGCCUCAAAGUCAGUUUUGUGCGCUUGGGCGUGUGUCAAGUGUGUCAACGAGCGAGCAAACAGAGCGGACGGGCCGCCGCCGGGGCGAGUACCGGGGACGAAGCCGCUGUUCCGCCCGUGCCCGUGGAGCGGGUUUUUGUGCUAUGUUUGCGUUGCGGUCAUCAGUUUUGCCCCACCCAUUUGCGGGUGCACUUUGAGAGCGACACCACUGACAUGCAUUGCAUUGGCUUGAGCAUUCAGGAGAACUGGCCUUUGCGGUGUCACACCUGUUCGGCCGAUAUUCCUGUGGACUCCUACAAAAAGGUUCUUGAAGCGGUCCAAUUUGUGCGUAAGGUUGAGCGCCUCAAAGGUCGCGCUCCAGCCUCGACUCCAGGUGGUCCGCCUCGAUCGACCUCCGUCAAGUCAUUGGUGGUGGGUAAACGCUGGGAUGCGCCACUGACCACCAUCCCCAAACCCCGAGGUUUGGCCAACUUGGGCAACACUUGCUUCUUCAAUUCGGUCAUGCAGAGUCUGACCCAGUCUCAUCCCUUAACGUAUAUCUUAGACCAGCACAGCCAAAAAGGCGCCCUAUUUCACGUCCCGGCCAUAGCUUGUCCACCCUCGGAUCGCGCCAAUCCCCCAGAUCCGCCCUUGGAGCCCAUGUCGUUACGAUUACUGGAAGCCGGACCCAUUACUCUUUCGCUGACGGCCUUUUUCAAGGACAUGAAUUCCAUGGGCAAGACCGGGGUGAUGAAUUCCGGACAUCUUUUUGGUCAGGUUUGUCGUCGAUCUCCUCAAUUUCGAGGCUUUCACCAACAAGAUGCCCACGAGUUACUCCGACAUCUCAUGGAUGGGCUUCGAACGGAAGAGGUUAAGCGACAAAAGACGGCCAUUUUGAAACACUUUGGGUUGAGUGAAAAGACGGAUCGGAAGACGGUCGACGACACUGUCAAACUGAAACUGAAAGCUUUGGGACGACAUAGCAAUUACACCGUGGUGGACAAGAUCUUUGGCGGCCAUCUUGUGUCCACGAUCGUGUGCGAGCAAUGUCAAAACUCAUCGCAAAUAUACGAGCCCUUUUUGGAUCUUAGUCUACCGUUGGUCGAAGAGAAACCCACUCGUCCCUUGGGAUUGAAGAAAAAGUCAACCUUGAAUCCGGACCUGGACGAGGAGGAAACGAUAUCUUGCUUUGGGCGGUCCAAAAAAGGCAUCGAUAAUGACAACUCCGUCAAGAAGAUGAGCAAAAAAGAAAAAGAACGUAUGAAGCGCGAGAAACGAAACAACAGAAAGAACAAGAAGUCGCCAGCUAGUGAGACCGCUCAAGCCUGUGAAAACGGCAAUGAUAUUGAACAAACAAAUAAGCCAAAGAACGUGAGUCGUAACGUCGACCCUCCAGAAAAUGACGGGUCAGUUGUGCCGGUUGUGCAAGAAAUUGGGAUCAAAUUAGAAGGGGAUGACAUCUCUGAAAAAGAAACCAACGGAACCAAGUCAGAAGAUGAUAAUGCAUCUGCUGUCCGCGAGGCUAAUCCAGAGGCCGUUCACCCUGAAAAGGAAGCCACAUCAAACCCGUCCAGUGCUGUGCAUCCAUCUGUGAAUCAAAAAGUCAAUCAAUUCGAAAACCAGGAGGAGAAGACCAAAAAGGCGAGUAAAACAGUUAAAGACGGAAAUGAAGAGGAAGAUGAAGAGGAGGAUGGGGAAGACGGCUACUCCGAAGAAAAUGAAGAUUGGACUUGGGAUUAUGGUGAAGAAUGGGAGGAAGGUGACGAGUCAGAGGAAGUGAAGAAAACGCCCGACAAAGACGCAGAAAACGAAUCCGAUUAUCUUCCAGCACCGGAUGAGGAUGAUGAGCAUGUUGAUAAGUUGGCAAAGAAGCACCCCCCACUUCGAUCCCUGAAUCCCUUACCCCCUGAAAGAAUGGAACGCGGAUCGUCCCGUGAAAAAUCAUCAGAACUCAUAGACGAUGACGAUGAUCGCAACAAUGUGGAAAGUGGAGAUGAAAGUGAAGAGGAUGAGACGGGUGCCUCUAUAAAUGGCGACAUCGAGGACAAUCUGGAAGAUGCCAAUCCUAAGACGGUUCUUGACCUGAAGAGUCCAAUCAAGCGAUUGAGCCUCAAGGCCAACGACACGCUCUGGUCGAACCUGAAACACCUAGAGCCGUUCCACCCGAAUCCCGGUCACUUGGAUCCUCAUAUGGAACAAUUAUGCAAGAGAGUCCGCAAACUCUCCGUGGCCUCCAUGGCUGUGCCCGAUGCCAUCGGAGAGAAGAUUGAGAAUCCAGCUCAGCUCAACGAAUACCUUCUGUCGGACGAUGAGACUCUCCAGGAAGAGAACAAGUGCCGCAUACGGCUUCGUAAUGAGUGGGUGGCUCGCUCGUUGACAUCGAUCUCGCCUCGUUAUCACAGUGCAGCGGGCGAAUGCUCCGUUUACUCGAGUCUGACGCAAUUCACCGCUCCCGAGUUGCUCACGGGAAACAAUAAGUGGGCCUGUGACAAAUGUACCAAAAUCCAAGGUGCUCUCAAGCAAAUUAAAGGUGAUACUUGUAGGUCUUCCGAAUCUUCCGAAGAAAACGAACGAGGCUAUGGUGAUAAUAUCAACAGCAACGGUUAUAAGAACCAAGAUACUAAUCAAAAAGAUAGCCCGUCCAAGUUUCCAACUGUGUACAGCAAUGCAUCCAAGCAACUACUCAUCUAUUCUCCACCCGCUGUGUUAACCAUUCAACUCAAGCGAUUCCAGCAGACCAUGUACAACUUGAGAAAGGUCAACCGAUCCGUCCAAUUUCCCUUGGUUCUUGAUUUGGCCCCCUUUUGCGCGUCUACUGCCGUGAGCACUUCCACGGUUAGUGCGGGAGCGAAGGAGAUUCUUUACAAUCUCUAUGCAGUGGUGGAACACAAAGGACGGCUCUCCGAUGGUCAUUACACGGCGUUUGUUAAAGUUCGGCCGGCCAAUUUGGACAAAGUAGAUUAUUCGAAAUUCCACUCGGCUCCUAUCACGAAGACCGAGGAGAUCCACACCCUUUUAGCCGAGAUUGAACGAAAAAGCCAACUCUUAGCUGGGGAUAACUCGCUCGUCGAGUCCGAGGGCUGUCAGAAAGAGACGUCCUCGAAUUCUGAGUGCGUGUCAGAAAAUGGCACGUCCUCGGCGGAUGUGCCAGCAGAUGACGUGAUAAAUAGCAGUAGCCAUAAAGUUAGCCAUGAUGUGCCUAGUAAAUGGUACCACAUAUCAGACUCUCAAGUGUCAGAGGUGAGCGAAGAAAAAGUCCUCCGGUGUCAGGCCUAUUUACUCUUUUAUGAGCGCUUCAAGUAGCUUCAAAUUGUGAUGAUGAAUGUGAUGUACUUGCGUGAUUACCACUCAGGACCUCAACCUUUGAUCUAAUCAAUUCAGCCAGAAGAGGAGCAAUGAAACUAGAGUCGAACUUUGAUUGAACGAAUCUCGAUUUAACGAUAUGUUCUCAGCUGACGGACAAUAUCAUUAAACCAAAGUUCGAUUGUAUCAUGAAUGUAACCAAGAAGCCAUUUGGGAUAUGCCUAGUUGAAUCCAUGGCGAUUUUUAUGUCAUUGGUCAUUUACUUGCUCAAUAAAUGUUGUACAACCCACUGAA